UCAGACUCCGAAGACCGGCGGUGGCGAAAAUCCCUAGCAACAGUCGAAAACUAAGAGAGAAAGGAAGUGAAAGACUAUAUGGCUCUGUGGCGGAGUCGAGCUGCUGUAUGGAGGCUCCUCCGCCCAUUCAUCUGCCCCUCCCCCAUUGCUAACACUGCGCAUCGCAGCUUCUCCUCUGCCGUUGCUGCUGACAUGAAUAAUCAGUCGUUAAUUGAGAACAUGAAAAGGGAGUUGCUUCAUCUUGACAUCAAUUCACAAAUUGGAAGUUGCAUGCCGCUUGGUGCCAUGCGAAUUGGAACUAUCAUCCACAACAUUGAGAUGAACCCCGGACAAGGUGGGAAGCUGGUUCGAGCUGCAGGGACUUCUGCUAAGAUCCUGAAAGAGCCCAGCGCAGCCUACUGUAUAAUAAGACUGCCCUCCGGUGCUGAAAAGAGGGUUGACUCCAAAUGCAGGGCCACCGUUGGUGUGGUAUCAAAUCCUAGCCAUGGCACUCGGAAACUCAGGAAGGCUGGACAGAGUCGGUGGUUGGGUCGCAGGCCGGUUGUUCGGGGAGUGGCAAUGAAUCCCAUUGAUCAUCCUCAUGGUGGAGGUGAGGCUUGGUCGCACACCCCUCAAUCAAAAAGAAGCCCAAUCGCUCUGCGCCCAACAAAAAAGCAUGAAAAUUUCGACUUCUUUCCUCGACCCAUCUCCUUCCAGAAAAUCCCCACAAAGAAUGCACCUCAACUACAAUCAUCACCAUCUCCUCCUUCGAGCACCACAAACCUGCAACCCAUUGAAGACCUUCCUCCGAAGCUCCAGGAAAUCAUCAGGCUUUUCCAGUCCGUGCAGGAACCUAAGGCCAAGUACGAGCAGCUAAUGUCUAUGUCCUAUCUCGAUGAACAUAAGAACGUUUUGCAUGAGGCGGAUUCUGAUUCUGUUCUCACCAAGGGGCUUGCUGCUUUGCUUGUCAAUGGCUUGUCUGGGAGGCCUGUGGAAGAGAUUUUGAGGGUCUCUCCUGAUUUUGCUGUGCUUCUUGGCCUGCAACAGAGCUUGACACCCUCGAGGAAUAAUGGAUUCUUGAAUAUGCUGAAACUGAUGCAAAGAAAAGCGCUUGAGUUGCUAGUGGAGGCUGAGAAGGAUGUUGGGUCUUCAAAUUCAGGGUCAAACUGUCUUGAGAAUCGGAGUACUGGUGGAAGUUCGAUUUGGAGCUUCAGUGCUGAUAGCGACGGUGAGGAUUUGACUUCUGAAAAGCAUGCUGGGAAUGCUGGUGUGAAGGCCAGUAAUGAGGGGGAGACACAUUUUAACGUGAGAAUUGUUUCAAAGCAAUUUGAAGGGAAGAGUCUGAUAAAGAGGAAUAGGACCAAAUUGGGAAUUUUACCGUUAAUAUAUGGUCUGUUGCAUGAUGAGUUGCAUAGUGGAUUGCAUGCUUUAUCUAUUAUGGCGAACACGCCUUCAGAAGCUGAUGCCGGAUGAAGGAAGUAAUGAAAUAGUCUGUUCAUACUUCGUUAGUCUUUCUUUCUCAAAAUUUUGUGCUUUAUAUUAAUGUGAGAAAUGAAGUUAUAGGUUUUGAAACAUGUUACAAUGUGGACAUUGUAUCUUUGAAAUUUUGGAUAAUGUAUCAGUGAGCUACUGGUACCUUAAAAAUUUUAGAAAAUUUCUGCUUAUCUUUUGUUUCUAGAGAAGCUCAACUUUCCUCUUGGAAUGUCUGAUGCUGUUCACGGGGCUCAAGGUUUUGCUGCUUUUCCCCUUUCUCAACCUAAAAUUGUAUUGUAAGCAUAAUUGCUGGUAUCUAAGGGUUUAAUUCUUUAAAUAUGGAGUAUUUUAAAAUUAUUGUAUAGGUGCAUAACUGGCGCUGCUUUUGAGCUAUCUUCUUGAUGGUGUCUUACUAAAGUAUUUCCUGUAAA